AGACAUCAUCGUGAAGCGGACAUAUUGUCAGUUUUUUCUCAAGCAAUGUCGUUGCUGCUUGCGACGUUUGUGGCUACGACUUGCGCCAUUUACGGAAGUGGUAGUGCUGGCCCGAGCCAUCAACACGAGGGGACCUACUGUCCGGAUGGGUAUAAAUACGUAAAUGGCUUAUGCUAUGGCUUAUGUCCGCCCGAUCGUUUUCAACACACCGACGGCCUAUGUUAUCCAAAAAUCACACCACCGUGUCCAAAUGUGGACAGUCUUAGCACGCCCAGCACAAACACAGCUACCCUACCGACUCCAGUUCCAACCACAACAACAACCACAACAACAACCCCACCAACAACAACGCCCACUGUCAUUAAAGAUUACAACGAUGAGGCACCGCUGCCACCUCUACUGGAACCACAAGCUGAAGAGCUGGCUCAAUGUCCAGCUGGCUCCAUAUUUGUGAAUAAUCAGUGUCGCAAGCUGUUGUGUACUCGGGGCGAAUAUAUUUCAGGGCGCUGUGUCCAGCCCCUCUGCAAAGAGGGUUUAGUGUGGCGCGGAAAACGUUGCCAGCCGCCCGCCUACCUAACAACCGUGCUCGAGAUUGAGAAUGUGAUUACCAAUCGAAAAGAAUACACUCUUGUGACCGAGAAUGUGAAUAAUGUGGAGCAGGUGACCGUGCCGCCCUACAAUCCAGGGAACAAUCAGAGCUAUAAUGCUGAGGUGCUACCACCCUCCGCACUAGUUGAUCCCACCUCGACAACAAGAAGACCGCCAACUACCACCGUGCGAGUGCCAGAACCGAAUUAUGAUGAUAAUGCUGUGCCCUCCGAUGGCUGUUGUGUGGUUAAGAGUCCACGCAUCUGUCGCAACUAUGCCCCCAAGUGGGUCUGCUUCAAUCGCAGCAAGAAGCUGUGCGAUCCACGCGUCUGCAAACGCCCCACCAUCUACUUAAAGCCACCACGCAUGGAGUAUAAUCCCGAGUUGGGGUGCUUGAUCAUGCCACCCAAUCCACCCCUCUCUGCCUGUAUGACCGCCGAUUGCAAUGAAAGCGAUUACAUAGAUUGUUCGGGUUGUGCGCAGAAUCGUCGCGAGAACUGCUCCAGUUCCUGCUUUAACUAUUUCUGUCCCAACGGUAAUUGUCAGUUCAUGAAUUCCGAGGACUACUGUAAACUAUAUCCUGGCAGCUUUGGUUGCACCCAAAGCGAUUGCCGCCUCUCGGAUUGGUGCAGCAAAAAUGUCUACUAGUUCUCUUAUAUAUACGAGUAAUUGUAAUAGUUGUUCAAGAAUAUACAUAGUGAUAGUACUGUUGUUUUGUAAA